GAGGACAAUGAGCCCAGUUUAGAGGAGAUCAGUCCUCACGAGAUGGAAGGAAGUACCCACAGCUCUCAAGAACAGAGGCAGAGCAUGCGGUCCGGCUCAGGUGGAGCCGAGGCCGGGGGAUCCAAGACUUCUCCGCGGUCGUCAAUGCUGGCCCGGGGUAAGACGGCGGCAGAUCGGCUGGGCCGUUUCACCCAGGGCGUAAGAUCGAUGGGCCACUGGUCUUCUUCGGAUGCGGCGCAAAAAGCCCAAAGUAAGCUCGACGGCGGCGCCCAGCAAGCCAAGGGCAUGGUACCUGCUCAAGAAGACACCGCUGGCUCCGGCUUGGAAGAUGUCCAAGGUAGCGUGCUCAGCCUAGCGAGUCUAGAGGGGCUCAGUGUCGAGGAAGGGGGCAUGAUAAUGAGCUCGGCGGGGCAGCCGAUUGGGGAGGUAGUCGAGGGAGAUCCCGACGACCUUGUCGGCCAGACCGUCGGCAAAAACGGAGAAAUUCUGGAUGAAGAUGGGGAUCUAAUCGGACGUGUUCAACUCCUGGAGAAGGAGGCAGAACCAGCGUCCGGAGAAACCCUCGAUGCGGGGACAUCUGAGCAGGCUCCAAAGCUACCAGACAUCUCCACCCUCGAAGGGCUCACCUGCACCAAGUUUGGAGGCAUCGUUGAUUCCAAAGGUGCCCUCGUUGGCGAGCUGAUCGAGGGUGAUGCCAAGAAGAUCUUCCGUGGAAAGUAUCAGCUUGAUGAUCAAGGCCAGUUCUGGGACCAGCGCGGGAAGGUUGUGGGCAAGGCGAGGCCUCUCCCGGUCGAGGAAGACGAGCUUGGUCCGUUCGCCGACCUGGGUGAUCUGCAUGUAGCCGAGGACGGGUGGGUCGUGAAUGAAGAGGGCCGACGGGUAGGCCAGGUCGUCGAAGGGGACGCGCGGAAACUUCGCGGGCGUGCAGUCGACGAGGAUGGCGAUAUUCUGGAUCGGCGAGGAAAUCCAUUGGGCCGUGCAGAGCCGUGGGAAGAGCCAUCAGAAGCCGAGGCCGAGGAGGCUGAGGAGCCAGAGGAAGAAGGAGAGGAUCUGUCGAUCUUAGCCGGUAAAAAGGUGAAUAAGCUAGGCAACGUUGUCGACGAUGCCGGUGUGGUGUAUGGAAGGCUGGUAGCCGGGAAUCCACGCAAGCUGGCUGGCAAGUCAGUGGAUGAAGAAGGUCAGGUGUGGGACUCGGCAGGCCGCGUGGUCGGCCAGGCAGAGCUGCUCCCAGCUGAAGAACGAGACCGGCCUGAGGGACCCUUCUCCGGCCUCGAAGGCUUGUUGGUUGGCAAGGAUGGGUUGGUGAUCGAUGAGAACGGUGAUACUGUGGGGCGCUUGGUGAGUGGUGAUCCUCAGCGUCUUCGUGGACGUGCUGUCGAUGAAGACGGUGAGAUUCUCGAUAAGUCGGGCAAUGCAGUCGGUCAGGCUGAACCGUGGAGCCCUGAAGAGCCAACUCGCAAUGUCAGCCCCAUGGCUGGUCGGAAAGUGAACCGCGAUGGCGAGGUCCGUGAUGAGGAUGGCAAUGUGAUCGGCAAGCUGACCCAAGGCGAACUCUCCAACUUGAUCGGUCGGACUGUCGAUGAAAAUGGCUAUGUGGUUGACAAUGAUGGCAACAAAAUCGGUGAAUGCACCCUCUUGGAGAACAUUCCUCCUGAGCCUGAGCCGGAACCGGAGUCUGAGCCCGAGCCUGAGCCGGAGCUGUCUCCCGAAGAACGUGAAAAACAGGCCCGUGAAGAAAGGGAUAGAGAGCUGGCAAAGAAGAUGGCUUCCAUUGUACAGCAGACGCUGGACUCGAUUGAGCCCUUGUGCAAACAGAUCACUCAGCAUAUUGAGCGAGCCAAUAGCACUCCCAAAGAGGAGCUAGACGAAGAGCAGCUUGUGAAGCAGGUCAAGCCGUUGAUUGAAGAGGCCGGCAAUGGCUUGCAGGAGUGCAAAGGUGCUCUCCGAGCCUUAGACCCCGAUGGUCAGAUUGCUGCUCAAGCCAAAGCACGCAGUGCAUCGGCAGAAGCUAGUCCCGAGGAGCACCAUUUGGCUGAGGUGCUCAAAGAGCUGACUCGGGUGGUGGGAGAAACGAUCGAGAGAGGAAAGGCUCUGAUCGCCGACAUGCCCCAUGCUAAGAAGAAGAUCAAUCCGCUGUGGACUUUGUUGUCCGAGCCCCUGGUUCAGAUCAUCGCCGCGGUGGGCCUCCUGCUGAGUGGUGUGCUCGGUCUAGUUGGUAAACUACUCAACGGACUCGGACUGGGGAAUCUCCUCUCGGGUUUGCUGGGAGGUUUGGGGGUCGACAAGCUGCUGGAAGGGCUGGGUUUGGGGAAAAUAACAGAGGGGCUGGGGCUUGGU